CUCGAUAUUGACCAAUUCUAGUCGCAACUACUUAAUUUUACACCUGCCAACUUCUUGUUGCCAGAAUCGCAAACAUGGAUAUCGACGAUGAUGAUGAUUUUUAUGUGCCAGAUGAGCCAAAGACCGAGACCGCAGCUCCAGAGGAUAAGAAGCCAAAAGCAGAUGAUUUAGAAGAAGGCGAAGAAGAGGAUGAGGGUGCCGCUAUGGAUGAGGACGAUGACUCUGAUGAGGAUGACUCGGACAUCGACAUCAUCACAGAGCGCAAAGAUGGCACAAAACCAGCUCCACCACAACAGUCCAAAUAUAGUGAUAUUCGAAAUAUCCCCCAAAGAACAGCUUCAAGCGAUGUGCCAACACAACCUGCGCCAGCACGGAAGGACUCCGAAUCACGACCAUCGGUUAACGUUGCUGCGCCAAGCGCCGACAAGACUUCUGCUGCGGCAUCUAAAUCAACGAUCGACGUGAACGCAAACCCGAUUCAUCCUGGGACGGGGAAGCCUAUCACCCAGGUCAACAUUGACGAAGACCUACCAGACAGUGACAAGCCAUGGCGGAAACCUGGUACCGAUAUCAGCGACUACUUCAACUACGGCUUCGAUGAGUUCACAUGGGCGCUUUACGCUUCCAAGCAAGAGACCGUUCGAGGAGAAUUUGGAGCUGAUGUCUUUGCCCAGAACAAUAAGAAGAUGAUGGAAGACUUCAACAUGAUGAUGAUGGGCGGUAUGGGUAUGCCAGGAGGAGGCAACUCGGGUGCUCAGCAAGGGGGAAUGCCUGGCGGAAUGGACGGUAUGCCUCCUGAAAUGCAAGCCAUGAUGCAGCAGAUGAUGGCUUCAGGUAUGGACCCAAGCCAAAUGGAUCCCAGUCAGAUGAACGCCAUGUUCUCGGGUAUGCAAAAUGCUGGAGGAGCGGGUGCACAAGGCGCACAGGGUGGCCAAGGGGGUAACUUUGGUGGUGGUUUCGGUGGCAACCAAGGUGGUUUUGGAUAUGAUCAAACUAUGUCUGGAGGCGGAGGCGGAGGCCGGGGAGGAUUUGGGGGUCGCGGACGUCGUGGAAGAUGGUAGUUGGCUCCUCUCUGAAGCCACCCCUCUGAAUUUCCACAGACCAAAACUGAUGGGCUUUGUCGAUUUGUUAAUGGGAGGACCUGGCGUUGGGGCAUAUUGCCGAUAGGCAUGGGACCAUGAUAGAUUGGCUCUCUUCACGAGCUACUCAGAAGGACGAGUAAUCAUUUGAGUGUAGGCUUGAAUACACUUCUUGAACUUGUCUCUGUAUGUGCAGAUUAUACCCAAAUAACUAGUUAAGCUUCACUUCAACAAUCUUCGCUGGCUCUGUCUUUCCAUCCACAGGCACUGCAUUUGCUC